AUGAGUUUGCCAGAGAGUAAAAAAGCUAAAAUCCUUUUGAUCGGUGAUACAGGAUAUGGUAAAAGUUCGCUUGGUAAUUUUAUCCUAAAUAAAAAGAAUGCUUUUCAAGUAAGUAAUAGUCCAACUCCAGAAACAAAAGAAAGUCAUGAAGUUUAUGGAGAAGGUGAUAGAAAUGAUAUAUCUGUUAUUGAUACACCUAGUUUUUCUGAUUCAAGUAAAAUGAAUGAAGAAUUGUUGAAUGAGAUUGCUCGUUAUGCUUUGGACAAAGCAGGAAUACAAGCAAUUGUUAUUGUCAUGGACUUUAAUAAUGAUGAGAUUUCUCAUAACUUAAAAACAAUGAUUGAAACCAUGUGUUUUAUUUUUCCAUUUUUUGACUUUUGGGAUCACGUAUGUAUUGUUUGGACUAAGUGCUAUUACUACACACCAAAAAACCGUUUAAAAAUACACAAGAAAACUAAAGAGGACUGUUAUUAUCCAAAAUUAAAGAGUCUUAUUGAAGAGAUGACAAAGAAAAAAGAAGACAUUAAACCUAAAAUGUAUUAUGUCGACUCACAACCAGAUGAAGAUUGUGAUGAUAAUAGUCGGUCAGAGAAAGCAAUUAAAAAACUUUUAGAAUGGGUUAAAAGGUUAGAAAGUAUUAAAUUUGGCAGAGAACUAGGAUUACUAGGUUCUGAAUACAAAAACAUUAUCACAGAAGAGAAGCAAAGAAGAGAAGACGUAAAAGAGAAUGAAAUAAAUACAGUACCACAAAUUAAACCCAUGAGAAGAGAAAUAAAAAUUGGGUAUAAUGGAAAGAUUACUUGUAGUGAAUGGGAAAUAAUAAAUGAUAACACAAAUGAAACUUCAAAGAAAAACCCUUCUUUUGGUUCCUUUUUUACUAAGUAUUGCACAAUUAUGUGA